CGAAGGUGCGAGCAGCCUUGCGCAUUCCCGAAACGGUUAUGACUGCUCAGAGAGUGCCGAUCCCAGGAGACGAAACCCUGUGCAUUACCCUUCGGCGGCUGGCAUACCCAAACCGACUGAAGGACCUUGAGGACUUCUUCGGCCGACAUAGUUCGACGAUAUCGUCCUUGACGAUAGAGGUCUUGCGGCACAUUGAUGAGAAGUUCUUCCACCUGCUGCACGAUGUGAAUAACCACAGUUGGCUGACCAUCGACACACUGGAGAAUCUCUCGAAGGCCAUUUACUCUAAAGGAGCCCCACUUACCAACUGCUGGGGCUUCAUUGAUGGCACUGCGCGUGCUAUAUGCCGACCCACUAGGCAGCAGCAGCUCUACUUUAGCGGGCACAGAAGGUUCCAUGCCCUGAAGUAUCAGUCAAUAAUGUGCCCCAAUGGCAUCAUUUGCCAAUUGGAUGGAUGUUAUCCAGGCAGCAAGCACGAUGCUGGUGAGUAAAGGGUAGUUCAUAUGCCUGGAAGUUACAUUUCCCUCCAUGUUACCAUGGGACUGUCAUGUACUACACCAAGUAUCAAACAAAAUAGGUCAAAUUCCUAGUGCUACAGUUAGUUUGAAAUAUAUCUUUUCCACACAAACUAUGGUGCUGGCUUACAGCUCAGUCAAACUCACAUUAGAUUAUUGUCACUUAGCUUGGGGUACACCAGGUUAAGUGGCAUUCACUUAAUCCAAGAAAGGUACCUCAGACAUGCAUAUAAAUUGUCACAGCACAAUUCGACUGCAGCUUUAUUUAGUGACUAUAGAGUGACCAAAGCACAAAAC